AUGAUGGGUUCGAGAAGGAAUCCGAAACGUCAGGCGGAUAAAGCUCUUGUCUCAGCGAUGGUGUCUCCUUCUUCACGACUGCUUUCUGAGACUCGUCUCUUUGCUUCUAUUGGCAAUUUCACAUCCAUCCCACCGGACUUGGGCCGCGAAGUCUUGCAGAAGAGACUUGAGAAUGCACUCAAAAUUGAACACCUCAUGAGACUGUUUGAAUUCUGCCAACAAACUUUCCUCACUUUUGCGGGAGAGACCUAUGAACAAAUCGAGGGGACCCCAGUGGACUCACUAGUCUCCGGUUUGGUGGCAGAACUGGUCCUACAGGAGUUAGAAAAGACUGCUUUCCUCCAACAUGAAUCGGUGUCUUGGCGCCGUUACGUAGACGACACGUUCGUCAUCGUAAAGAAGGACAUGCUGCAACAUUUCCACAGCCUGCUCAACGCAGUCUUCUCCGAUAUAAAAUUCAUGAGGGAAGAAUAA